AUGACUACUGCUACUAAUGCUGCUACUGCUACUGCUACUGCUACUACUACUACUACUACUACUACUGCUACUGCUACUGCUACUGCUACUGCUACUGCUACUGCUACAAAUACUGCUGCUGCUGCUACUACUACUCCUCCUCCAUUCUCCUCCGCCUCACCUAUUACUACUGCUGCGACAACUCCGUCGCCACCGACGCCACAUCGCCAACGCCACCAUCGCCAAUGCCAGCACGAACGCCACAAGGACCUCCAGCACCACAAGGAUCAGGAGUCAGGAGGACCAGGAACACCAAGACCCCACACACGGAUUACUACUGCUGCUACGGAACGCAUUGUGUGGCCAACAGCAGGAGUAACAACACGAGUAAAAGAGCGAUUUUCGUUGAGAAUUGGCUUCCAGUGUGAGGCUGCUCGGAGACUCCUGGUCAGCGCUCAGGCAAGCCUGGAUGGCUUGAGUCCCGAGUGCCUUGCAGCCGCCACAGAUGCACUGGCAAUCUUCCGCGGCCUAGGGACAGCCGGCUUGCCCGGUGUGCAUGACGCCCUGCGGCUGGUUGUGGCUUUCCACCGCCUCAAAGCAGCCGCAGAACGACGCAAGCCAGAGGAGGCGUUGCUGCUGGCUUCAGAUGAGCUGGCUCAUUUCAAAGCAGAUGGUGAUCGUCGGGGUCAGGGUUGCAUGCUCCUGGCUCUGGCUGAGAUCAACAUGGACCGCCGCGGUGCGCAGAAGCGGUCCGAGGCGUUCGAGGCUGCUUCGGAGGCCUUGUCCGCCUUUCAGGAGAUUCAGGAUCAAAGGCUUCAGGCUCUCACGUACCUCAUCCUGACGAACCUUUACUUCAAAAUGCAGAUGCCAGAUGAGGCCGAGCAUGCCGGUCAGUCCGCUCUUUCAAUCUUCCAGGCUUUAGGGGACGAGAUGAACCAGGCAAAAGCCCUGCAUGGUCUUGCGCUGUCAAUGGCGAGCCGACAUCGCUACGAUGGUGCUGCUGCCCAUGCGGAGGAGGCGUGUGCCUUGUUCCGGAGGCUUGGUGACGACAAGCUGCAGGCAGCUGAGCUGGUGUCAGUGGGGCAAUGGCAGCUGGAUGCCGGAAAGCCCCUGCGAGCAGCGGCCGCAGCAAAGCAGGCUCUCCUCCUGUUCCAAGCCAUUGGUUAUGGAAAAGGCUGGCAGUCGAAAGCUCUCUCGUUGCUUUGCGAGGCCUUGGCGCGGUCAGGGAGAUCUGCAGCAGCAGCAAAGAUCGCGAAGGAGCAGGCUGCCCUCUUCUGCAAGGACGCUGAUUUCGAGGGCCAGCUAGCCUCCCAGGAGAUUGCUGCCUGUGCGCAUUUGGCCUCCCGACAUCCGGAACGGGCCCUUGGUGAGCUCAAGGAUGCGCAGCAGCUCGUCCAGGAAAAGGGCUACUCGACCUCGCAGCAGGCAAGGAUAUGUCGCUGUGAGGCGGCAUCCUUCCUCGCAGGUGGCGAUGUGACUGAGGCAGUGCGAACUUUGAAUAGAGCUGCCAGCAUCGCACGGGACUCAAGAGAUCGGUUGGAAGAGACCCAGGCCCACCGCCAACUAUUCCAGAUCCACCUGGAUCACGGGAAUUUCUCAGCAGCUGCACAGGCAGCCACUGCAGAGCGUGGUCUGGCGGAGGCUGCCAAGGACAGCAAGCGUGAGGCGGCCAGCUGCAUUCGCCUUGCCGUGGCGGUGGCGAACAGCGGUGACUUGGUGAAGUCCCUGGCAUUGGCAGAGGAAGCCUGCGACCUGGCCCAGGCUGCUGGAGACAGGAGAGGUAAAGCCAGGGCUCUCCGCAUCGUGUCUGAAAUUCACCGACUGGAUUCCAACCUAGAUGCUGCCUUGGAAGCAGGCGAGGGACGACUCAAGAUCGCAAGAGACCUCGGCGACUUGCAAUUAGAGGCGUUGGCAAUGCAAGAGGUGGCAGACCUGCAGCGUGCCGACGGCAACCUGCAUGAAGCAAGACACCUGGCCUUUGAAAGCCGGGAAUUGUGCAGGCGAAGUGGAGAUCGCCAUGGUUUAGUCCACGCUCUACUUGCCUUGGCUCAAGUUGCCUUAGCUUCCGGGGAGACGGCCAACCUCAAGGAAACGCUGCUUCGGCCUUCCGCUGAAGCUUUAGCCAUUGCUGGGAAGGCUGGGGAUGGGAUGCUCCGAGCCAAAGCACUCUACUGGCGAGCGCAGGCCGUGGGAGCUGUCGGUUGGCAUUCAAAAGCUCGCCGGCUCUGUGCGGAUGCCGCGGAAUUGUUGACAAAGCUGGGGGAUCCUGAGGGCCACCUGCGAUGCUGGUUCCUGAUGGCUGAGCUCUAUUUUGCUGAGGGCUUGAAAGACGAAGCCUUGGAAGCAGUUCAAAAAGUGCUGCAGCUGGCAAGGUCUUGUGGAGACCUGGAGGUCGAGUACGAAGCAUCACUUUUUGAAGCAGAAGUGUCUCGUAAGCCAGCUCCGUCACCAGAGCCCCAGGCGCAGCCUGAUGUAGCUCCUGCAGAAACGCCACAGCCAACGAAGACUGAAGUGGUCAUGGCACCGGAACCACCGAAGACCUUGGACCCCCAGCAGGUCCAGAAGCAGCUUCUACGCCUCGUCAAGGAAGUUAUUUCAACUUCGGACGAGAUUGAGCUGGACACUCAGUUCGUCGACGCGGGGAUGGACAGUCUGUCAGGGGUGUCCCUGGUGACGAUGUUGAACCGCGAGUUCUCCACGACUUUCACUCCCUCCACGGUCUUUGACUAUCCUUCGGUGCGCACGCUGCAGGAGCACCUAUUGCUUGAACAAGGCGAAGGUUAA